UGCGUUGUAUGUAUGCAUGCAGCGUAUAAAUCCACAGGUGUGUUUAGUGCGCGUGUUAAUGAUAUUAUUCCCGUCAUAGCGUGUGUUGCGCCUAUACGUUUUCUUCUCUCAUUCCCCGCGCACGAGCGAACGCGUGACUGCCUUUCCCUGAUUACAAAGAUCGAACAUGGGAUCUCAAUAUACUGCUGUAAAAUUAAUUGCACAAUAAGCUAAAUUUCAUGCUUCUUUCGAUUUUUUUUUUUCGUCAGGAAUCGUUGUUAUGAUAUAUUUUAUUAUUGCAGUGGGCUGGCGAUCACGCAGGUAGCCAAGUGCGGUGUUUUCAUUCCAACUCGGUGUCGUCUACAGGCGGUCGUCCACUUGUCACCAGUCGCCAACUUCCGCCUUCUGCGCCUUUUCCCUUUCACCUUCCUCUUUCUCUGGCUUAGAGACGGUGUACAACAAGGACCGAGUCUGAUAUAUUUGCAGCUGACUGGACUGGCAGGUGUGCCAUUUUGUUCUUGUGUGACAGACGAUGAGAUUAUCAUCUGUUCCGUGUUAAUCGCAAAUGGAUCAGCGCAGCUCAAACAGUCAAGUGGCUCCAAGUGAUGAAUGGCUGUCGUCUGCUUGACCUGACAAGUGGCAGGGAUUGCCACGAUGUCGAGAAGACAGUCCAAGCUUUGUCUUUUUGACCAGGCGAACAUCUUAUCGAAGCUGACCUUUUGGUGGCUUCACCGGUUGGCUGGCAGAGACUGUGUGCAGCUGGCUCACACCUGUAGCACCUUUGAUGUGCCCACUUCAGACGAAGCUGACUUGCUGGAGAAGAGGCUUGACCGGCAAUGGAAGAAAGAACUAAAAAGGUACUCAAGUGGAGACACAGCAAACUUGAUGAGAGCCAUUCUUUCAACAUUUUUACUACAAUGGCUUCUCCCUGCAAUCUUCUUUCUUUUGGCAGAAGCUUCAAGAGUUGCUCAGCCUGUGCUGCUUGGCUUCUUAAUUGGUCACAUCAGUGAGCCUCAUUUUGAGAAGACCACAGCAUAUCUCUAUGGGUUUGGACUGGGCAGCUUACUUUUCUUGCACGUGGCCUUCUCCACUGUAUACAUUUUCCUACAAAAUCAUGUUGCACUGAAAAUGAAAACUGGCCUGGAGGCCCUUAUUUACCGAAAAAUUAUCUCCCUCAGCAGUGAGGCGGCAUUGCAAACGUCUCCAGCAAUGGUAACAGAGCAGUUGUCCAUUGAUACUUCCAUCUUUUUAGGAGCACUGGAACAUAUCCAUGGUCUCUGGCUGGGUCCUGUGGAGAUUGGUGUUCUUAUCUAUUUACUGUUUAUGCAACUUGGGGAUCUGAGCUUGUAUAUUCUUGGCUUUGUGGUUGGUAUUGUUGUACUGCAGGCAGUCGUGGAAGUGGCAUCAUCAAAACUCAGAAAUGGAAGUAUUCUCUUAUCGCAAGAACGAAGCCAGGUCACAGAGAAGGUCAUAUCAGCCAUGUUACAAGUGAAGCUGUUAUGUUUGGAAACAAGCCUCACACACCUUAUUACCUCUCUUAGAAGCAAAGAGGUCAGUCAGCUGAGAGGACACACAUUUCUGCGGGGUGUUCUGUCCUGUAUUCUUGGUCUGGUCGCAAGGCUGAUGUUGCUGAUGUUGAUUCUUCUUGUCGUGGGUACCAUGAAACCCCUCACUCUACAAGUGGUUUUCACUUCUCUGGCAUUGCUGGAUGUGUUAACAUGGUGUCUUUACCAUUUUCCUGUCAAAGGUGUCGUGGAUCUUCUCAACUUGAGCAAGGCUUUGAAAAAAUCACAAGAGUUUCUGUUGCUUGAUGAAGAAAAGGAGCAAAUCAAAGAUUUGCGCUUGCAUCGCAAAGUCAGCUACCGAAACGAACCUUUUGUGGAUUGGGCAGUUGAUAUUGAUCACAUGACAGCUCGCUGGCCACUUGUGUACACAACAGAACGGAAAAUGCUGCAUAAACGACGUGUGCGCGACAGCACCAGUUCCACAAAAAGCUUACUGCAUGAGAGUGAUGUUGAGCAUGCCUUUUCUUUGAAAUAUCUUUCUUUGCAAGUGAAAAAGGGAGAACUUUUAGCUGUGGUUGGAUCGCCUAACUCUGGAAAAACCUCACUCUUGAUGACUUUGUUAGGAGAGCUUCCUUAUGAAAUUGGGCAGAUUUCUGUUAGUGGACGUGUUUCAUAUUCCCCUCAGUACCCUUGGGUCUUCUCUGGCAGUCUGCGUGAAAAUAUAAUCUUUGGAAAUGCUUAUGAUGAAGCAAGAUACCAGGCAGUCAUUCAAGCUUGCUCAUUGUCAAGACUGCUACGACUAUUACCUGAAGGGGACACAACUCAGAUAGGAAAGUAUGGGUUGCACCUCAGUAUGGGAUACCAGACCAAAAUUACUGUAGCAAGAGCUGUUUACCACAAUGCUGAUAUCUACCUACUGGAUGAUAUUUUGAGUGCUGCUGACAGUCAGGCAAGACAGGAUGUUUUCGACAGGUGUAUUUGUGGAAUACUUCAGUCCAAGACUCGUAUUUUGGUGACAAGCAAUCCACAGUAUUUAAAAGCUGCAGAUCGCAUUGUCAUUCUUCGAGAGGGUUCCUUGUUUGAUGUUGGAUCAUAUGAGGAACUGCAAAGUCGGGAAGUAGACAUGAAAGAGUUUGUGAACUCUGACCAGAGACAGAAUUUUCAUAGGAUACAGAUUGAAGCAGAAGAGGAAGAAUUCCAUGUCAAGCUGAAGAUGUGGUAUGGAAAAAACAACACAGCAGAAGCUGAGACAGCAUGUACGCAGUCAAAUGCUUGCACAUUUCUUGCUUUUCUGAGUGGAAAGACCAUUUGCAUGGCUCUGCCAUUUGUUGUGCUACUUUGCCUUUCUGGACAGAUGCUGUUAUCAGCUUCAGACUGGAUGUUGUCCAGCUGGAUGGAGAGACAGAACCUGUCAUACACACCAGAGGUUGUGACCCCAGUAGCCAUGGACAGUCAGCUGCUUGUAUACGUCAUUCUACUAGCUGUAGGUGUGGGAGUUGCUUUGAUGUUCAUGGUAGGCAUAACACAGCUGUGUACAACCUGCUCAGACUUCCUUCAUAGCAGAAUGUUAACUUCACUGUUUGGAGCAAAAAUCAAACACUUUAGCCUGUAUGCUGCAGAUGGGAUAUUGUUGGCGUUUACCCAUCAUCUGGCAUUCAUUGAUACCUAUGUGCCGUCUCUGGUUUAUUUGACUGCUGAGACUUGUCUACGUGUGCUUGCACCAGUUGUUCUCACAUGUGUUGUCAACCCCUGGCUAGUUUUGGCUGUAGUACCUCUUCUGGUAUGCAUGGUGAUUUUACAUGUGUUUGGAGGCUAUAUGCUGCAGGGAAUCCGAAAACUCAAAUUUUCAGCAACAGAACCAGUGCUUGUGAAUGUGAUGGAUAGUUUGAAAGGUCUUCAGACAAUUCGUGCCUUCAAGUGUCAAGAACUCUUCAUAGAAACUUUUGAUGCACAUUUAAACCAGCUAACAUGGGCAAACUUCUUGGGGGUGUGUAUCCGCUGCUGCAUGUCCUUCUACUCAGCCUUCACUCUUGUUGUCUACAGCAGCAUUGUCAUCUACCUCAGCAUUUUUCUCACAGAAAGCUUGAGCCAGGGGCCUUUGGCAUUGUCACUUGCUUACUGUGUCACCAUCAUCCUGCCCACACAGUUUCUUAUUGAACAGUCAGCGGAAUUGCACAAUUGUGUGGUAUCAAUCAGCCAGGCUCUGUCAGUCAUCAAACUAGAGCAAGACCUGCCAAGAUUUUCUGACAAACCUCCACCAGAUGGUUGGCCCAAUCAAGGCUCCAUCACGUUCAGUAGCACAAACCUGCUAUCUGGCCCACAGGGAGUGGUUAUCCUCCAAGACAUUAACAUCCACAUCAAGAGCAAGGAGAAGAUAGGGGUCGUAGGUGAGCCUGGUUCUGGGAAAUACUCUCUCAUUGCUGCUUUGCUUCGGCUUGGACAUGUUCAGGGCAUGAUUUUUAUUGAUGGUUUUGAUGUUCUGAAGAUUGGGCUACAGGAGCUAAGAAGAAACAUCACAGUUAUAUCAAAGGAUCCCGUUUUGUUCCCUGGUACUAUUCGCCAAAACUUAGAUCCCAGUGACCUAUUCUCAGAUGACCAGCUGUGGGCAGCUCUUGGACGUGUUGAACUCCGUGAUAAAAUACAAGGAAUAAAGGGGGGAUUGUCAGCAGAAGCUGAUGAUGUCCCCUGCUUUUUGGAUGUAGGUCACAAGCAGUUGCUGUACAUGGCAAGAGCCCUACUGAAACAGACGAAGAUUGUGGUUCUGGAGGAAGCAGCAGUCUCCGCGGAUACCAGAGUUUACGACCAAAUUCAGAGAAUUUUGCGAGCCAGAUUCCUUGAGUAUACAGUUUUGAUAGUCACACACCGGAUAGUCUCUGUGAUGGACUGUGACAGGGUGAUGGUGUUCAGUGAUGGAAGAGUGGUGGAGUUUGACACAUCUUAUGCCCUACUGAAGCUUGAAAAUGGCUAUUUUACACGCCUUGUAGACCAAACAGGUAAGCGCCAGUCUCGACAGCUGCGAGAACUUGCAGAACUGUCGCAUCAGCAACGUGCAUCUGCUAAUCUCAUGUUGGAACAUGCAGUCUUCAUGGCCACUGAGCAGCUCCAAGCAAGCAUGGAAGAUCUGAACAAUGCGAACAGCUUUCCCCCUGGUUCCUUAGCGUGGAGCCACGUUGCCAAACUAAGCCAAAGCCAGGAUUCACUGGAAAAAGCCUAUAGCGAUUGGGGAAGUCGUGGUGACAUUCGUGAAGAACAGGAUGAGCAGGAAAAGGUGGAGUCACCAACUAAACGUCUUCCACAAACUUCACUGGCUCCUUCCCAAAAAAUAAUCAACCGCCGUCGACAUAAUCCAAAUCGAAUCAGAUGGUCAAGAGAUGACAACAGGGAGAAGAAUGAGGAAGAUUUGAAGGACAUUCGUGAAACUGCAGAAAGUAAAGAGGAAAUGCCUUUGCUAAACUAUCAUUCUGCACCGAGGACACUGACCAGACACCCUAAUGACAGUAACAGCACAACAGACACCAUGGAUGCUGGACCCAUUGUGGCUUAUACAGCCUCACCUAAGCCACGCUUGAAGCUUCCUCAGCAGAAGAGAAUGUCAGAUCAUCCAACAGCAGCUAAUGGUACAAAUAGUGGUGCUGCCAAGGUGCUUGAGACAGAUCAAAAGAUCCCUCCUGCCCCGCAGAGAAAUUGUCCGCCUUUACCGUCUCGCAGAGGAGCAGAUCAGGCCGUAGUGUCACAGAUGCAAACAAAGAUGAUUAAGAUGGGCAAUCCAGCUGAAGCAACAGGUAGAAAAGUGCAUGUACGGCAGCCUCGAGCAAGAUUACAAACAGAUGAAAAAGAGAGUGUAGCUGGAAAGACAGAAGAAUCUGAAAAGAUCAUCUACUGCUGAGAGACUACUUUUAUUGAUUUUAUCCCUUGUGUGACAACAAUAUUAAUAUUGUCAUUUUCAGGGAAUGGGAUUUUUAGCUGUCAGCCAAAUUUGCAGCUGUGUCAUGUCAUUAUCUCACUUGUGUGUGCAUUAUCUCCUCUUGUACAUUAUGUGAACAUCAGUUAAUGCAUAUAGGUUUUUGCACGUGCAUGUGCAUACAUACGUGCAUGUGCAUGAUUGUGUGUAAAUGCAUGUAUACAGGCAUGUUUGGGGCUGCGAAUGUCAGAGUGAAUAUUCUGAGAUUGACAUAUGUCAUUUUUUUUUACCUUUUAUAUAUAUAUUUUUUUCAGUUGUGGAUGACACAUAUCAUGUGGGGGCAUACUUUCUUUUCUAAACCACUUGAGACAUAUCAUAUAUGAAUCUACAUUUUGUGAUCUUUUAAUUUGAAACAUUCCAGAUUUUUGUACUAUUCUAUUUUUACAAUGUAUGUUGUUAUUUUGCUACCAAAAUAAAAAUCAUUUAACAAUUCAAACACCAAAAGAAUCUAUGUUAUUGCAAAAAAUAAAAGCUCAAAUAAAACUUUUAUAAAAUAAAAACAACCUUGCAGUAAUGGGGUAAUGUUUGGGACUCUAAACCCUAUUAUAUUACAUUAUAUUGUCUGACAGGAACAAUUUUAGCAAUUAACAUCACAGAAUAUGUUGGAGUUUGUUUAGCCAAAAUUAUGAUGUCAUGGUAUGUGAGCAACAAGCACCUGAGUAAAUUUCUGAGCCUCUAGCAGGUAAGUUGGCUACUGACCUAAAUUCUGUCAUUGUAUCCAAUGUCUAGAGUAAGGUAAUGUUAUAAAACUUUAAGGUUUGAAUAGAGAGGUCAAGAGUAUAUUUCAAAGAUUUUAAAAUUAUGCAUUUUCCACAGACAUGACUUCUUUAGUGAAGUAAAAAAAAAAAAACAAAAACAACGAAUAAUCAUCUCUAGCCUUUCUACUUUUAGUUAUUGAAGCAACAUCCUAAAGGAUAGAAAAUCAAAAUUACUGUCUUUGAAAAACAGAUAACUAUAUAGAGAGUUUUAAUCCUACAUAGUUGAUGACGACAGUGCAUAUUUCUCAUGAAAAUAGGUUAUACAACUUAAGUCUCAUGGCAUAAUAUGUGCAGUUUACUUUCUAAAUUUAAAUUAGACAAGAUUUUGUAUUUUCAAAAUCUGAGGCUUGCAUCUUCAUAUGUAGAUUGCAUAACCAUGAUGUUUAGUGUGUGUUGUGUUAGAAAAAUACCCUGAUCUCUGACAGAUGCUCAGAGAUGAUCGGUUUAUAAUUUCUUUUCCUACAACUAUGGUGACAUAUAAAAGGCACAGUGUGGUUAGUACAAAAAUGGGUCUUCUUAUAUAUUGCUACAUUUCCUUAUAUACAAUAAGAAAGGUCAGUUGCAUCCUUCAUACCUGCAGUAGAUUUCCAUCCAUUCCUUAGAUUCAUCCAAUCACAACCAGGUGUGGAUGAAACAUUUUUCCAGGGUGUGGUGUAUUGCCAUGGGACUAAAUCAGUAUUUUAUGGUUGUGAUUUGUCUGCUGAUGAGCUUAUUAUUUAAUCAAAACAUUGUCAUUUUAAAUUAAUUCACAAUUCAGUGUUUUUUGAUUUGCAGAAUUUCAUGGUUUAUGCAUAAUUUUCUUCCUGCAGCACUGAUACAUGGUUGUGGUAGACUAAGCAGGAAGUUUUAACGAUUGACAUUCAUUCCCUUUAGCUCUGUUUCAUAUGUAUUACUAUUUGCAAUAGGCAGGAAAAUAGAAGUACAGUGGAAGAGCCUCAUGAAUAGUUUUAUUUGAGCGGGUAAUCUUAUGUGCCAUUUCUGCUUUAAAGAGUAUAAAUUUAUUUUGCCUUAUCACGGGACUUAAUCCUCUUUUGGUAUAAACUUCUAUACUUAAUUGAUGAUUUUUGUAUAUAAUCUUUGCAUUUAUUAUGAAAGGGAAAUUUUGUGAAAGUAAUCCAACUGUAAAAUGCAAGUGUAUUAUGCAGACAAUCUCAGGCAGUCCCCUUCAUCCAGGCUUCCCAUUUAUAAACCCACAAUCUUUGAACUGGUUGCCUUGAUUUUUGCCUUACAUUUAGUUUUUGCCAAAAGUGUUGUAAAAGGAGACAGACGAAGAAUGAUAAAGCCACCAUCUGCCUUAUCUGACUGUCCAUCUGUGUUCAUCUGCCAAAAUUUAUCAAACAUCAAGAUAGCAGAAUGACCAAAAUAGCCAGAUUUUUCCCUCUGUUGAUCAUUCUUUAUGGCAAAGUUAGCCAUUUGCUUCAACAAAUACACUUUAUUGCACCACUCAUUACAUAAACUUGAGUUUGUCACCAAUGCAGGGAUGUUGUGGGUUCAGAUCUCACCUCAGGCCUCUUUUAUUUUCUCUGCAUACGACACCUAUUUACACUGUCAGCUGCUUUGCCAUGAUUAGAUACUGGCCUGGAUAAAACUCCUCUGUACCCACUUUAUAUCCUACUUUACCUAGUGUCUUUGUUAGAGAUGCUGCAUCAAAAGUUUGCCAGUAGGGGUAAAGUAGGCAAGCAUGCCCCUAACCAUAUAAAAAAUGAUUUCCAUCUACAAACUUUAUUGAAACAUUGAUCUUGGAUGGUGGCAGUUUUUGGCAGCUAAUGUGAUCAUAGCAAGGUAUUACCAUGAACAGUGUCUCAGUGCUUUAAAAGCCCAUCUGCAAGAAUGUUAUAGUGCAUAGUGUUGUGACUGAAACUAAGAUUUUUUUGAAUUUAGAAAAGCAUGUUUUCAUCUGCAUUUCUCUUUAAUCCUUUAUUGUAAUAAAUGCUACAAUUUUAGCCGCCCUAAAAUAACUUUUACAUUCAUGCUACAUUUUCAUAUCUUGCAAAAGCCCUAAUAGUGUAGAAUGUUGCUCCUUUUGUUGGACAGGACAUUGUAAAAGGAUUCUACCAUUUCAUCUAAAGAUUAAUAUCCUCUCCUUUAUAUGUUAUUUGUGAAAACAGUAUUUUUGGAAUCUUUGCAGUCGUCAUACCUGUUCAUAUCACUGGUUUUUGUUUAGUUAUUUAUUUUUUAUUUUAUAAAGUACUGAUUUUAGCAUUUUAUUUGGGUAUAUUUAUGAACAAAGCGAUUUUAUGAUUUUUGUAUUUUUUGUACUUUAAGAGUAACAUGCUUUGAUUUAGAAAUGAAUUUGUAUUACCAAAGUUUGCAAACUUCAUCGGCAGAGAUCAUUUUCCUCUGCAUAACAUCUAAUUUUGUGUGAUCUUUGACCUAGAAAAAUUAUUCUUUUACAAAAUCUGCUGACUAUGCACUGAAGCAAAUCAUAUUUUGUGUGCAAAACAUUCACAAUUUACUACUUACAAUGGGUACUGCAGUAUCCUUGAGAAAGGCAAAAUUGAAUGGUGUGCCCAGAAAAAGGGAAGCAAUGAUUAAUGAAAUGACAAAUAUUUGGAAAAAAAACUUGGGGCCCUGUGCUCCACUGGGAGUUUUUAGGAACAAGAAGAAGUACUUCAAAAAUACAGAAGACGUUCAGCAUGUGCUUAAUCAGAAUCUGAAAACAUGCUGCAAAAUCAGUUUUCAAAAGAUGGUCAUUUAGUUAUAGGAACAAAAUAUUCAGAAUCACUUCUUCAUUUGUCUGAAAGUUUUGCAUACUUUUAUAUUUUUCAACUGAACAUUCUUUGUGCUUGAAAUAUAACUGUUUCACUCAAGGGUUAUAAUGAUGAAAAAAAAAUGAUUUUGAUGUAAAACUGAAUUUACCCAGAUGCUUACUUUUUUUCAUCAACACAAAUGAAGUUACACUGUGAACAAAUGACUCAUGUACUCUGAUAUUAAAAGUAUUGUGCAAUGCCUGUUGUAAACCAGCUUUAUAAAGAAGAACCAGAAACUAUC